AUGCCUGAACAUGACUGGAGCGGCAGGGCGCUGGCGGUUGCUGUGCUGCUCGUCGUCGCCGCCUGCGGUGCCAUCUCGAGCUGCGACAUCUGCGGCCUUUCGAUUGCGAAGUGGCUGAUGGCGGCGAGCGACCAGCCUGACGGGGAUGUUCCAGAGGCCACUGCUGAACGAUCGUCGCCAUCGACAGCAGCGGCGACGCCGAUGCUCGAGCUUGACGACCAUCUGCAAGGUGCAGCGAAGGAGAAGGCCAACAAGUACGUGGAGGAGUUCUACCAGGUGGCCGGUCACUUGCGGUGCCCGCAGCCGCAGCGCUACACACAGGAGGAGGUGGCGCGGCACAAGACGAAAGAUGACCUGUGGAUUGUGGUGGAUGGCAACGUGCUGAACGUGAGCGCGUUUGUCCCGCACCACCCUGGCGGGGACGUGAUACUGGACGGCGUCGGCGGGGAGGACAUGGCGACGGUGUUCGCCUACUUUCACGACCCCUCGACUGUCCGACUCUUGGCGAGCUUCUGCAUUGGCCGCGUCCUGUUGCAGUGA